AUGAAGAAGAGCUUUACAGAUGCCCCCCCCCCCCCCCCCCCCCUUCCCCCACAUCAUUUUAAAGCAAACAAUUGA